UAAAAUAAAGUAUAAACAUAUUUUAUACUAACAAAUAUGUCUGAAACAUCAUAUUAAGCGACUAGUAUGAUUAAGUAUAUGUUAGUCUGCCAUUCAACACAAAAACAGUAAAUUAUAGCUUAAUUAUAACGCAAAAAAAGCCUAAUGACAGAUAAUAAUCAGCAAAUAGCCAUGUACGCUGAUCUGGUUGAGUCCCAGCAUGUUGAAUGAGCGAGCAGCCCAACCCACGAGCCUCCGCCCAGAGCUGCUCCAUUGCGGACAACAAUGACCGACAACAUUCCGCUGCAGCCCGUCCGACACAAAAAACGACAUGACAACAAACGCAGAGACGGGUGCUGCCCUUGGUCCAGAUGCUGCGGAGGGGGAGAUUUCCGUCCCCGGACCGUGUGGUUGGGCCAUCCGGAAAAGAGAGAGCAGAGAUAUCCAAGAAACGUCAUAAACAACCAAAAAUACAAUUUCUUCACCUUCCUGCCAGGGGUGUUGUUUAACCAGUUCAAAUACUUCUUCAACCUAUACUUUCUCCUGCUGGCCUGCUCACAGUUUGUGAAUGAGCUGAGAUUAGGGGCUCUGUACACAUACUGGGUUCCUCUGGGCUUUGUUUUAAUUAUUACAAUCGUACGGGAAGCCGUUGAGGAGGUGAGAUGUUUUCUACGAGACAAAGAGGUCAACUCACAGAUCUACAGCAAACUCUCUACAAGAGGAACUGUGAAGGUGAAAAGCAGUGGCAUCCAGGUUGGAGAUCUUAUCAUUGUUGAAAAGAAUCAGCGUGUUCCUGCUGACAUGAUCUUCCUAAGGACCUCUGAAAGAAAUGGCUCCUGUUUUCUGAGGACUGAUCAGUUGGAUGGAGAGACCGAUUGGAAACUGCGCCUCCCUGUGGCCUGUACACAGAGACUGCCCACUGCUGCUGAUCUGCUGCAGAUCAGGUCAUUUGUUUAUGCUGAAGAGCCGAACAUUGACAUCCAUAACUUCAUCGGCACCUUCACCAGAGAAGAUGGAGAUCCUCCAGUCAAUGAAAGCCUGAGCAUUGAGAACACACUUUGGGCAAGCACCGUCAUCGCCUCUGGCACGGUAGUUGGGGUGGUGAUUUACACUGGUAAAGAGCUGCGGAGUGUAAUGAACACUUCCAACCCAAGGCAUAAGAUCGGCCUGUUUGACCUGGAGGUGAACUGCCUGACUAAGAUCCUGUUCGGAGCUCUGGUCGUGGUGUCUCUGGUCAUGGUGGCUCUGCAGCAUUUCGCUGGACGCUGGUAUCUCCAGAUCUUCCGCUUCCUUCUACUUUUCUCCAACAUCGUCCCCAUCAGUCUGCGUGUGAAUUUGGACAUGGGCAAAAUGGUGUUCAGUUGGAUGAUAAAGAAAGACUCUAAAAUCCCCGGGACGGUGGUUCGAGCUAGUACUAUACCAGAGCAGCUGGGCCGCAUCUCUUAUCUGCUCACGGACAAAACCGGGACUCUGACUCAGAAUGAGAUGGUGUUCAGACGUCUUCAUCUGGGAACAGUGGCUUAUGGGAUGGACUCGAUGGAUGAAGUGCAGAGUCACGUGUUCAGUGCUUACACUCAGCCUCCUCAGGACCUGCAGGCGUCUCGAGCACCAGGCGCCACUAAAGUGAGGAAGACCAUCAGCAGUCGCGUUCACGAGGCAGUGAAGGCCAUCGCUCUGGUGCACAACGUCACUCCGGUAUACGAGGCCAACGGCGUGACGGAUCAGGCUGAGGCCGAACAACACUAUGAGGACACGUGCAGGGUUUACCAGGCCUCCAGUCCAGACGAGGUGUCUCUCGUUCAGUGGACGGAGAGUGUUGGGCUGACGCUGGUGGGCAGAGACCAGUCCUCUAUGCAGCUGAGGACACCUAGUGGACAAAUCCUCAACUUCACCAUCCUGCAAAUCUUCCCCUUCACCUAUGAGAGCAAACGCAUGGGCAUCAUAGUGAGAGAUGAAUCUACAGGCGAGAUCACGUUUUACAUGAAGGGUGCUGAUGUAGUGAUGGCCGGCAUUGUUCAGUACAACGAUUGGCUAGAAGAGGAGUGUGGGAAUAUGGCCAGGGAAGGCUUGAGGGUGCUGGUGGUGGCCAAAAAAUCCCUGACGGAAGAACAAUACCAAGAUUUUGAGGCUCGAUACGUCCAGGCAAAGUUGAGUGUUCAUGAUCGCUCUCUGAAAGUGGCCACAGUCAUCGAGAGUCUGGAGAUGGAGAUGGAGCUCUUGUGUCUUACAGGAGUGGAGGAUCAACUUCAGGCCGAUGUCAGACCGACUCUGGAGAUCCUGCGAAACGCCGGCAUCAAAGUUUGGAUGCUGACCGGGGACAAAUUAGAGACUGCAACCUGCACAGCCAAAAACGCCCAUCUAGUGACCCGCAAUCAGGACAUCCACGUCUUCAGACCUGUAACCACUCGAAGCGAAGCUCACCUUGAGCUCAACGCCUUCAGGAGGAAACACGACUGCGCGCUGGUGAUAUCAGGAGACUCUCUAGAGGUGUGUCUGAAGUAUUAUGAGUAUGAGUUUAUGGAGUUGGCGUGUCAGUGUCCGGCGGUGGUCUGCUGUCGCUGCGCUCCAACACAGAAAGCUCAGAUUGUUCGUCUGCUGCAGGAACGAACUGGCAAACUUACCUGCGCUGUUGGGGACGGAGGAAAUGAUGUCAGCAUGAUCCAGGAAGCAGACUGUGGCGUGGGAGUGGAGGGCAAAGAGGGCAAGCAGGCGUCUCUGGCUGCUGAUUUCUCCAUCACUCAGUUUAAGCACUUGGGUCGCCUGCUGAUGGUCCACGGCAGGAACAGCUAUAAACGCUCAGCGGCGCUCAGUCAGUUCGUCAUUCACCGCAGCCUGUGCAUCAGCACCAUGCAGGCUGUGUUUUCCUCUGUCUUCUACUUUGCAUCUGUUCCUCUGUAUCAAGGCUUCCUCAUUAUCGGGUACUCCACGAUCUACACCAUGUUCCCUGUUUUCUCUCUGGUUUUGGACAAAGAUGUUAAGUCAGAGGUGGCCAUGUUAUAUCCUGAACUUUACAAGGAUCUUUUAAAGGGACGGCCGCUCUCCUUCAAAACGUUCUUAAUAUGGGUCUUAAUCAGUAUCUACCAAGAUGUCUACUUCAUCGCCACAUUAUCUUUCAUCUGGAAGGUGACGGCCAUCACUUUGAUCAGCUGUUUGCCGCUCUACAUCCUCAAAUACCUGCGCAGACGCUUUUCUCCUCCCAGUUACUCCAAACUGACCUCUUAAACCCUUCACAAAAGAACAAAAAACCCUAAAACUACUGGAGCUCCAGACCUCCGUUCUCCAUCAUACUAAAGUAACAGGUCAGUUUAUGUGGUAAGGCAGGCAGUUUUUUUUUUCGUCUGAAAUGAGCAGGUGAACAUUAGCUUGAAGGCUGGACGCUUUUCUGUUGGAGUCCAGACGCUGUUAGCUAUGAAUCAUGUCAUUUCUGAAGUGAGUUUAAGUUUGGGUGAAUCACUGGCCCCAAGGAAGACUAAACACACUGGCUAACUUUAAGGGGUGGACAGGAGACAACAGGGAAGUUCUUCUGUUGUGUGUCUCAAUUUAAAUUUUUUAUUUUUACUUUUUAUUUUCUGAUAGUCAUCCAGGAGACAACAGAGAAGUUGUUCUGUUCUGUGACUUGAUUUAAAGUUUUUUAUUUAUUUACUUUUUUUUGUUUGUUAUUUUUCGAGUCAUCCAGGAGACAACGAGGAAGUUUAUUUCUGCUGUGCGACUUGAUUUAAAGCUUGUUUGUUUAUUUUUCACUUUUUAAUUUUUUACUUUUUUCAAAAGACAAAAGGGAAUUUUUACCAAUGAGAUUUCAAAAUCUGUUGCCAUUAUCUAUUUACAAUUAAUUUUUUUUUUUUUUUUAUCCAUAACACAAUCCAGAGGUUUUUUCCAAUAAGAGUUCAUAAUCUGUUGCCAUUAUGUGUCUAAAUUAAAAGGGUUUUUUCUAUGGGUUUCAUUCAUGAGACAAAGCAGA